GUUAAAUUAACUUGUCACACUUAAAUGUGUAGACAGAGUAUUAAAAUUAACUAAAAAUUUUUCAUAAUUAAAUAAAAAAAAUGAAGGUCUAUAUAAUUUUGAUCGCUUCAAUAUUUUUGAGUGUUUCUCCUUUCAUUGUUUCGGCUUUUAGUGAUAGAGUAAGUUACGAAUGUUUUCCAAAAUUCGUUCGAGUUAAAUUCACACCGCUGGAAUCAUUCAAAGGAAAAAUAGCUCUCGCACUGGAAAACGGUAUUCCAGAGUGUCAUACUAAAGCGGGAAUUGAUGAGCAAGUUGUACUUGAUAUCGAUUUCAAGAAAUGUACAAAUAAAUCGAGAAAGUUUGGGCUCUUUUUAACAGAGAAACACCGAGGGCCAAAAAUUGGUAAUCAGAGAAGAAAAAAUACUGUACACGGCUAUUGGCCUGAGAUUGAUUGUCCCAUAGUUAAAACUCCAGUUGAUAUUCAUAAUAGACUCUGUCCCGGUAAAAUAGAAAAAGUAAACGGUAAAUUGGUGUGUUAUGAUGAUGAUGUAUAAGUGAAGUAGUCUCACUUUUAAUUGCAUUUUUAUCAUUUUUUACUAUUAGAACUAAGAUUUUAUAACGAUGAUUUUUUUUUAUUAUCAAAUAAUAAGGAAUUAUAAAUUUUACAUUGAAAAAAAAUUACUUUUGUUGGGAGAAUAUUUGUUUGAAAAAUAAAUAGCGGAUUGGGAAAUGUCAUUUUUUAUUUUUAUUCUCAUUACUGAAACUUUUUGAUAUUAAAUAC